AAGCAUCCGGGGCGCACCUAUGCAGACACCGAUAUUAAUAUUUCUGUUGAUGGCCUCUUCGCCUGUCUGUUCACAGACUCUCAGUUUUUUGCAAGCUUCUGCGCCCACCGAGGUACCUUCGACGUAGAACAGAGCCGAUGGCCACCCAAGCCGUGGCCUGCACCCAUCACUGGCGAUGCCACUCUCCAUCGCAAGAUCUCAUACGUUCUUACUCUUAGACAGCGCCUUGGUCCUCGCACCUGCAGAGCUUUUGAAAGCCAAGCUAUUCUAUUGCGAGAAACACGUCCUGGGAUGCGUUACGUGGUGGAUGCUACAGUGACAAACGAGGCGGUACCCUUAUGUAACUCCUUCCACGUGACUACACGAUACUGCCUCCUGCGCCGCAGCGCCACUGUCUCCCAUCUCCUGAUCACUUCUGAAGUGAUCUACGAUCGCCCUGUCUUCUUCGGUGCCAAGUCAAUAAUCGAUAGCACAUGCAGGUCUAACCUAACGGACAAUUUCACCGAUCUGGUGAACCAUCUCUCAGCCGCAGUGUCUCGCCUCUCAGACCGCGAACGCAUCACUGGUGGUGCUCUCUCUCGUCCUCACCGACCGCGAGUCAUUCGCUCUCAACUUGAAACUGAGGAAGAUGGCAGUGGUGGCAGUGGAGGUGAGGAAGCAGGGGACGUCGGGAGUACAUUUAUCUCGGGCUCUGGAACUGGAGUGCAGCAGAUACCACGCGGCCUCUCCAUUCCACAAGUGCUGCUCUAUUCUAACCAGCAAUCCGAUAAGAAGUGGCUCUUCGUCAUCGCUAUGAGUCUUGGACUGUGUGUAUUUCUUUCAAUGGUCUACAAUCGUUAUCAAAGAGUUGAGCGAAUAGCUUCAGACCCUCUCGAAUUUACUACCCGGGCGUCGAGAUCAGGCUCUUCCUGCUGCGAUGAACUCACAUCGGUUCGGUUGCUUGUCGAGUCAGUGUCGGGUGUUCUUGCUCAGAUGCGUACAACACUGGACCUGCUAGAGCGACGUCUCAACCAGCUGGGCUUGGAGUCGUGCCGAUUCUGCUAG